AUGAGCCAAAUAAGAUCAGAGCUUUUACAUUCACAAAAUAUUACAACAAUUGACAAGUCAUUAAAAAUAUACAAGCAAAAUAUUGCAACUCCAUUUGAACAAAUAAGUCAUGAUAAUGAUAGUAAAGUAGAAUUUAUAUUUUCAGAUGAAGACAUUGAUAAUAAUUAUAUUAAUAUGGAAGAUGUUGGAAAUAGUAAUCAUAUAGAAACAGUUGAGUCUAGUUUAAAUGAAUCAGAAAAUUUAGAUAACUUAUAUGAUGAAGAUGAAGUAAUGUAUCAAGAUUAUUUACUUCAUCUUGCAAAUAAUUUGAAAGCAAAGUGGAAAUUAACAGAUAUUUUUGUGGAUUUGUUAGUACAACCUGAUUCUAUUCAUUUGCUUUUAG